AUGCCAAUGCCUAAAACCACAAUCAGCUCAAGAUCAAUGAAUCACUUCAAUGAAGGUCUAAGACUCGAAGAACAACUGCACAAUGCACUGGGGGACCUUGAUGCUAAUUUUGGUGACGAUUUGGAAGGUAUGCUGACAUGGAUCAACCCAAAUGAACCCAAAAGUAAUCAUCAACUUAGACCGCCUAUUAUGAGAAUCAAGAGCGCGAUUAAAACGCUCGUCAAUAUUAGGAUAGUACAGGAGCCAUUUUUAGACCUACUGCGACAUUAUAUGAUCUAUCAAACACGGAAACACUUCUUCCUUAAUUUUCAGUCGUUGAUGUCUUUUAAAGAUAUUCAAAAACUAGAGCGCUAUUACGAAUUUCCUUUGCGAUUUUUGGAGUUAUUCGGUCCUGGAGAAUGGGCUGAAGAGAUCAAUGGGCUUCGUAACUAUCUAAUAUUUCAUCACCCAACAUUGAAACAAAACGUUCGGCUGCGAUUCGAACAGCUUAUGCUAGAAGACGACUUCGAAAUGGCAUGCAAGAUUUACGACUGGCUCUGUCAAGCAGAAGGUGGUUUCCUGACUCAUUUACUAGUUGAUGUCGUUCUCAUGAAGGUCAGAUUAUUCUCUGCUAAAACAAUGGGCACCGUUUGGACAAAACGAUUUGUGAUCAUGGAGACAUACAAUCAAUUCAUCAGUAAUUACUGGACCGUAUUCAGUGGCAUGUUGCAAUGUCCAGAAGAUGAUCAUGAGAUAACUAAUGAAAUCUACAAGUGUUUUGAGGAAGAAUUCAUAAAGAUACGGACGAAACAGGUGUUUGACCUCUUUGUCACCGAAUAUCCGAUAUCUAAGCCAACUCUGUUAGAGUUGCGAACCGUUCUGAAGUCUCCAACUAAGUACACGCAGCUAAUCACAGAGUUUUUGUGUCAGUUCGAAGCUAAAAGGUUGAAGCCUAGUGUUACAACAACUGAAAUUUUAUUGUCUUAUGUCAAAGCCAUUAAGAGCAUAUUGAUUGUGGAUGUCUCGUUUCGUUAUUUUCAAUUGCUUACGAACUUUGUACGCCCAUAUCUUAUGGAAAGGCGUGACACCGUAGUCACCUUUCUCUAUGCUAUGUUAGGGUUAGAUGCUUCUGAAAUUAAGGGUGCUAGUCAGACACCAGCGCACAUGAACAUAGCAUUACAGCUCUCAGCUGAACUGAAGGACUCUCAUCAACCUAUUUCUACCUCAAUGCUCGGCAGCUCUUGCCAAAAUACAGUAGAGCGGUCACCUGUCUUAAAUCCCAAUGCACCGAUCUGUCAGCAAGUGAUCAACUACUAUCUUCAAUGGACUCCCGAGCCUUCAGACUCUAUUCAAGCGAGCAACGAUGAUGCCCUGAUGAGUAAAGGCCUCUUCGACAUAGUGGUAGAAUUAUUUGACUCCCGAGAUGUUAUUAUCGCCGAGUUCCUCGCAUUAUUCACAGAGAAAUUGCUCAAUCUGAAGGGCUACAAACUUGAACACAAUUGGGUGAGAAGCCUCAAAAUUUUGAAACAAAAGUUCGAUUUCAAGAAGUACCCAAACGCGCAAGAUGUUUCUAAUGUGAAUAACAUAGAUGUCAUGCUCAGAGACAUCAAGCAUAGUGAAGAACUGUGUUUGGAUAUGCAUAACUUGCCUAACUUGAAUCCUAACAUCAUUCCAAAAAUAAUUUCCUACUUGUUUUGGGGAGCUGCUUCAGAUUUCUCUUACCAUUCACAAGAUGUUAAAUUACCACUGGACCUAGACAAUGAUCUGAAAAAGUACAAGGAAGCAUAUUCAGAGAUCAAGAAAGGCCGCAAACUCCGGUUACAUCAAGAGCAAAGCACCGUAGAAAUCAAUCUGAAGUUCGCAGAUGGUCGUACCUCAGUUUACAAAGUUCCGAUGGAGGAGGCAAUCAUACUCUCAUGUUUCUCUAGCCCUACAGACUCAACAGGAUUAAGUCAAAAAGAAAUAUCAGAGAAAACUAGUAUGGAAAAGUUACAUGUCGAUCGAAUUUUGAGUUUUUGGGUUAACUCGUCUGUCUUGUUUUAUGAUGACAAAGCUGAUGUUUACAAAGCACUGGAGCAUCGGGAUCAUAUGAAGAACAUGACAUCAAUAAAGCAUGCAGGUACAGAAGGAUCUGCUCACAGGCCGAAACACGACACCUCUGGCGCCAUGGACUUGCAACAAAAGGAGUUUAUUGAUUCUAUGCAAAAAAUAUGGCCCUUCAUAAAGGGUAUGUUAACAAACUUGGGAAGCAUGAAAGUAGAAAAGAUACACUCAUUCUUAAAAAUGGCUGUUCCAAAAGAAUUAAGGUUUACAGCAACAGUGUCACAAUUGGAAUCCUACCUUAGUAUUUUAGUGGACGAGAACAAGCUUGUAAGUAGCCCAAAUGGGGCUUUCAAGUUAGUAAAAUAA